AGCACACCUCUCCUGCCCACUACGGACUCUUCCCGCAAAGCAUUAAGCAGCACCUGGAACGACUUCUGCGACUUUGCCCUUCGAGAUAAUGUGCUUGAGGUUGCUGUAGGACUUAUCCUCGCUGCUGCAUUCAGUACUGUUGUUUCCAGCUUUGUCAGCGAUAUCUUGUUGCCGCCCAUCUCGUUGUUGCCAUUCUUGAGCCGUAAUUUGGAUGAGCGGUUUGCGACCUUGAAGCAUGGACAGAAUAAGACUAUGGGGUAUAAUACUGUUCAGCAGGCGCUUGAGGAUGGUGCUGUUGUUAUGGCGUACGGAACAUUCCUGAACAAGUUGUUCAAAUUCCUAGGCAUAGGAAUUGCACUAUAUGCUAUAGUCAAGGCAUACAUUUACUGCAGCCAUGACGAGGGUAUUAUCAAGCAUGAAAAGAAGUGCCAGUAUUGCCGCAAGAAGAUUAGUAUGAAGGCAAAGCGUUGCUUUAACUGUACCAGCUGGCAAGACGGCAGAGAG